AUGAACAGGUUCUUCAUUGAAAUCGACAAGGCGGUUGCUAAGAAGCAAGAGGAGUUCGAUGACGUCUGGAGGAAGGAACUUCUGCACCUCGUCAGUGUUGCAUUCUACAACAUACUGGUAAUGUCAUUAUGGACAUUGUCCUUUCCACUGCUCACAACUCACUUUCACUUCUUCGUCACGCCAGUCAUCUACGCAUUCUUGUACUUUGUGGCUCACGACCUCCUGGGCGCGAGCUGGAAAACUCUUUGGGCCACAAUUUGCACCAUAGCCUCGAAGGAUUCACCGCUCCAGCGGGAACUUACGCACUUGGAAAAAGGCCUAAACGAUGAUCGUGAGGACUGGAAUGUGAAGAAGAAUUCCAUGACCAAAACACAUGCGAAGUUGAUGGUAAUGGUCCAGCAAGGUAUGUACUGUGGGGAACUUUACGGAGAGAUGCAUUCUUUUGGGUUGCAGACCAGCGUCUGGAAAUAUCUGCCUCCGAGGCUGAGCCGGCUUUUGUUUGGGGAUGAAGAGACAGCGAGGUUUAUGGACUCGGUGGAUUUUGACUGGGGGGCUCUCUACAAGUGA